AAUGCAAGAAAUAUUAGAAUGGGUUGAAGAAGCCGAUGGGAUUGACACUGACGACAGAGAAAAGGAUGAGAUAUGUAAUUAGAUUACACUUUGAAAAGCCUAAAGUUGGUGUUUAAUCAAAUAUUAAAAUACAAUAUAUAAAAGAAGCAAAUAAAUAGGGGCUGCGUCUUCCUUUUCACAAACAGUGUUUUAUUAAAAAAAAGACGUGAAAAAGACGUGAACGUGAAGGUCUACACAAAAAAGAAAAUUACAAUAAUAAGCGACAAACAUGAUGAUCCUAUGUAAACUCAGACUUAGAAUGUAUAUUUUUGUGCGGAGCGAUCCUGUUGAGGCAUACUAUCGUUGGCUCAUAUCAGUUAUCGAUGGCGCAGCGAUUAGAAAAAUGUUGGCAGCUAUGAAAAUCAUAUGUUUAAUAUUAUUAUUUGUUUAAUCUUUAUAACUUCUUAAUAUAAUAAUAUUAUUUUGUUAUUAUGUCUGUUACUUGAAUGAAUAAAAUGUUUAAAGAAAGAUUUAAAUAUUACAAAAGAAAAUCUCCUGUGCCUGACUUUAGUUCUGUUAUAGAUCUAGAUAAUAAUGUUUUCGUUUCGCAGGCUCACCAAAUAGAAUUAAACUACAAAUCGGAUGUUGAAAAGCCGCCCUUAGGUCUGGAACCGCCGAAAAAAUGGCUUUGCUAUGCGCUUAAUUCUUCUGGGGUUAUUAUUAUCCGUAAUCCUUUCACUGCGCGAGGUCAACGUUAUUGGAUAAGUCGCUGUUUACGAGAUUAUCCACGAGGUCCAAAUGUUAAUAACCUAAGUCCACACUUAUUUCCCACAGAAGUACUAGACAAUUGGUGGCAAUGUUUGCAGAAAUGCAGCGAUAAAGAUGAAGUGCGCCGAUUGGGUAUUUCCUUGCGUUGGGCUACGCUGGGCUACCACCACGAUUGGGAUUCUAAAAAGUACUCGGAAGAACGUCGUGGAAAUUUUCCUGAAGAUCUUGCCUCUAUAAGCACAUACUUUGCAUCCAUAUUAGGUUAUAAAAAUUAUGACGCGCAGGCAGCGAUUGUAAACUUCUAUCCCAUUGGCACAACACUGUCCGCACAUACUGAUCAUUCGGAACCUAAUAGAAUGGCACCUUUGUUUUCGUUUAGUUUCGGACAGACUGCAAUUUUUUUAAUUGGUGGAAGAACAAGAGAAGAUUUACCAUUGGCAGUUUAUUUACGCAGCGGUGAUGUACUUGUUAUGUCCGGUGAAUCGCGUUUAUGCUAUCAUGCUGUACCACGUGUAAUGAAAACCCUUGAUGAGCCAUGGAAUGAUCCAAUACCUUUAGAAGGUGUAGCAUCCAUAGAAUCGCCCAGAUGUAAGAAGGCAAGAAUCGAGCCUCCGACUGCCGAGCCAGAUGAAGAAAAUGGCUUUGACACUUUGUUAUAUCUGAAAGUUGUUGACGAAGCAUUCUGGUCACCUUUUAAAAUCUUUCUGAAUAAUGCGCGGAUAAAUAUAAAUGUGCGGCAAGUAUUAAACGCCGGCGAAAGCAGCCUACCAACCUCGGAGCAAGAAGAGUUAAAAAAUUAACUGAAAGUAUUUGGUAUUUUCGUUAUUUAUUUAAUUAUUAUUACAAAUAUGUUAAUUUUUUUGUAUCAUGUUUUAAGACAUAUGUAUAUUUAUACAUAAGUACAGACAAACAACUGAACAUUUAUUUGUUUAGAGUGAAUUGAUUAUAAUAA